AUUUGAAUUGUGUCGUCUACUGGGAUCCGUGCAAUUAACAUCUCUCCGAACAUCAGUGUCCUGAAAAGAUCCAGCUACAAGUUAUUCUGGAAAUUCUAGUGAAGAAUUAUUCAGCAUCGAACUUGAUAUUUUGCUGUUUGCCAUUUUGCAAAACAGUCACAAUGAGCGUUCUCUGGACAAACGGAGAGAAUUUCAUCCUCUGCCCUUACGGAGGAAAAGCUCACUUUAUUGGCGAAGCCCGUUUUUCUACGCACGUCGUAAAAUGUCAAAGAUCAUCAAACAUCAAUUUGGCUAUAUGUCCAUACAACGCGGAUCACCGUUUGCAGGUGUCCGAAUACCAGCACCACGUCACGACAUGUGAGGACCGAUUUUUUGUGGAUAUGCGUGCAUAUGAAUACGAUAAUGAACAUUCUGAGAUAUUAUACCCAAUAGUAGAGAAAAAAAUAUUAUACCAAGUUGACUCAUGGGACGCAGAUGAUGAUCCCUCUUACAAUCCGGAGGAAUAUUGCAUUUCUGAAGAGAUUGUACGCAGAUUGGAUGUGGAACCUGGUUCUGUUAGAAAAGGUUUUCGAAAGACCGAGCGUGCUCGAUUCCAAGAACUGGCUAGAUUAACCCAAAAUCUACAAAUUAAUGUCGAAAAUAAGGAAAAUAAUCCGGUCGAAAUUUCAGCCAAUGGAUUGUCUGUCGUAUCAUCCACGAACAGAAAAAAAAAUAGGUCUCGUAAAAAUAAUAAAGGGAAUUCUGCUUCCAAUGGAUAUGCUAGAGCAAACGGAAUUUCUAACGGAUUUUCCGGCGUUCCUUCAACUAAUGCGAACAUUAAUUCAAACACGGAAGAUAACGGGUCUUCUCAAGUUACUUCUAUGACUGAUACAACUGGAAGUGUAAGCGGGAGCGCCUCCGAUGCUUCAUCUGAUACAAAUUUCCCACCGUUGGGAAGCGAACGUAGAACGAGGGGCAGAGGAAGAGUUUCCAGAGGAGUCAAUUCUGGAAGGGCCGUGCCUCGAGGGAUGGGUAGAGGCAGAGGCCAACUCUAAACGAUCCCAUUCGAUUUGACACAUUUUAAAUUGUAAUGCAGCGAUUCCCAAACUUUUAAACCCAAUUUAUAUUUCAAAAUAUAUUUUUUUGUUUGUUUUUACAACCAACCGGAAUCGCUGCUGUAAUGGUUGUGUAUACCUUUUGGGUAUUUUUAAUUUUAUGAGUAGUGAUUUUAUUGAUAUUAUUUAAUGUGUUUUUCAUAACAAAACCCAGUAGAUCGCUAUAGUCAAUAUAUACUUUUACUUGUUUUGACUGAUACGCUAGGUUUAUAAACAUAUAUAUAUAUAUAUAUAUUAUAUCAUUAUAAUACAUAUUCGUUGGAUAUUUUUAUAUGUAACAUUAAGUGAUAAAUAUAUGCACCGCGAUAGAAAUAUAUAUGUACCA